AUGCGAGAUUGCCAUUCGUGGCGCACAGCCCGGCAUGACUGGUCUAGACUAGACACAGUACCCCUUUUUCGCAGUCUCGUCAGUGGUUCAAAAACCACCAAAGAAGAGCCCAUCAAGUCUGAAGAUGCCCAAGAACCCAUUACCAUCAUCUCAGACAAAGAUGCAACUAUUCGCCUCGAGCCUGUCCCAAGCAGAAACGGUCUCCUCAUUAAAAUAGAGACACCCAAGGAACCCUCCGUCAACAUCCCCCAUGUCCCUUGCGAUAUUGUCCUAGUCAUCGAUGUCUCAGGCAGUAUGGGUCAACCGGCGCCCGUGCCGGGAGAGGAUCAAGAGAGUGCUGGAUUGUCUGUUCUUGAUCUCACAAAGCAUGCUGCGCGAACCAUUAUCGAGAGCAUGAAUGAGAACGAUCGUCUUAGUAUCGUUACUUUUGCAUCAAAGGCCAAGGUUUUACAACCUCUUUUGCCUAUGAACAAAGAUAACAAGACUCGAGCUAUCAAUAAUGUUAAGAGCAUGAAGCCUCGUGAUGCUACUAAUCUUUGGCAGGGUAUGCUUGAGGCUAUCAAGCAGUUCAACACAGACGAGUCAUCUCCCAAUGUUCCAGCUAUCAUGAUCCUCACCGACGGAAUGCCCAACCACAUGAACCCAGCAGUAGGCUUCGUCCCCAAGAUUCGCAACAUGGGACCCCUUCCAGCAUCAAUCCACACGUUCGGCUUCGGGUACAGUCUUAAAUCAGAUCUUCUCAAAUCCAUCGCCGAGAUUGGAAACGGCAACUACGCCUUUAUUCCCGAUGCAGGCAUGAUCGGAACCGUCUUUGUCCACGCCGUCGCAAACCUCCAAAGCACCUUUGCAACACGCGCUGUGCUAAAGCUCUCAUACUCUAAACCCCUGGAGCUGCUGGAGACCACUGGCCCAUCCGUGGAACAAAAACCUGUCGAGUUCGCCGAUGAUUCUGAGGAUAGCGUCGCUGAGUUGACCUUGAUGCUUGGAAACUUGCAGUUCGGCCAGUCGCGCGACAUCUUCCUUCGCGUCAAUAACACCAAGGAGUUGGAGUCUCUAGAUGAACAGGAUCCCACUCGUUCUGUUGUAGGGGCUUACUUGACAUACGUCAAGCCAGGCAACUGCAUCAAGAGUCGCAAGGUCCUUGAAGCCAUGAUGUCCAAGGAUGCCGACUUCAUCCCUAUGGCCACCGCGCAACGCAGCGUCCUAGAGCAAAGCGACAUCUCCCCCUCUGAAAUCGCCUACCAUGAAUCCAGAUCCAUCAUCUGCAACUUCCUCUCAACCAUCUUCGAGAUUCAGCCCAGUGGUGACCGCUUAGUCACGCCACUUAUAAAGCAAAGGCACCCCGAUCUCAAGACUCUAAUUGAGACUCUUCCCGCAAAGGACUUUACCGAUGACAAGAACAAGUCGCUCAUGCAGGAACUCUCAAUGGAGGAACCCAAAGGUCAAAUCUACCUAGCUAUCCAGAAAAACCGUGACUUUAACAGAUGGGGAUUACAUUUCCUCCCUUCGUUGUGCAACGCGCAUACUCGCCAGGUAUGCAACUCGUUCAAAGACCCUGGACCUCUUCAGUACAGCACCGAAAGUCCCCUGUUUAUUUCCUGCCGCGACUCUUUGGAUCAAAUCUUUGACAAUCUUCCUGUUCCUGAACCUUCAAUCACUCAUCGAUCAAACGGAUUCUUCUCCGCCAGCUCAGUCCCCUCGAGCAUGAGCGCCUACCGCAACAGCUCAGGCGUCUGCUUCGCAGCCUCCACAGAAGUAACCCUCGCAUCCGGCCGCAUCGUCCAAAUGCGCAAACUCCGUCGCGGAAUGAAAGUCCGCACACCGCGUGGUUCACGCCGCGUAGCCCUUGUUCUCAAAACACCCGUCGAGCAAGAAGUUCUCUGCCGCGUAGGCGACAUCCUCGUAACGCCGUGGCAUCCUAUUUCUUCAGACAGCAAGCGCUGGGAUUUCCCCGCCAACGAAGCCACUGCUGUUGUCAUGUAUACGGGAUGUAUUUACUCUAUUCUGCUUGAACGCGAUGCGAGUGUUGCUGCGCAUGCUAUUCGUGUUGGGGACAUGUGGGGUGUUACUCUUGGUCAUGGAUUGACGUGUGGUGCUGAUGUGCGUGCGCAUGAGUUUUUUGGUGAUUAUAAUGUUGUUGGGAAGAGUCUUUUGGGUUUGGAGAGAAGGGCUAAUGGGGUUGUGGUUGGGAAUGGUGUUGAGAGGGAUGAGAGUGGGUUGGUGAUGGGGUUUCGCCAAAGUAAGUGA